UUGGCUGGCUCGGCUGUCAGUCAGAACAGUCGCUUGGGCCGCUAACUGUUCCUGCUGCGUCUGGAUCAGAGGACGCAAAUCAAGUUAAAACAAAUCUCCUGACAGGAGAGAAAAAGUUCAUGCUGGAGUUUCCAAAGAGCUCAGAGGGCCUUAUGAAGUCCAAGCUGAAUAUGGAGAGUUUGACCAAGCCAGAGUUGCUGAUGCUUUUCAGCAUCCUGGAAGGAGAGCUGGAGGCCCGGGACCUGGUCAUUGAAGCCCUAAAGGCCCAGCGUAAAGAGCUGUUCAUCCAGGAGCGCUACAGCAGGUACAACCUCAGCGACCCCUUCCUGGCCCUGCAGAGAGACAGCGAGGCGGUCGGGGACCAGAACACGGAUCCGGGCUGUUCUUCCUCUACCUCCAACCCUCUGGUGGUUCUCAAACUGGUGGUGAGCCACUGCAGGAGGAUGCAGGAGAAGAUGUUGGCCCAGCUGGCUGCAGCGGAAAGCAGGCACAGAAGGGUCAUUGCAGAUCUGGAGGAGGAGAAGAGGAGGCAUGCUGAGGACACAGCGGAGGGAGAUGAUGUCACUUACAUCCUGGAGAAGGAGAGGGAGCGCUUACAACAACAGCUGGACUUUGAGCGGAGCCAGGUCCGGCGGUUGGAAAAAGAACAGCGGCGGAUUACCGACCAGCUAGAAGAAGAACGGGUUCAGCACAAACAGCUCUCCUGCGCUUUGGCCAAAGAGUGCAAGUGGGCAAGCACCAGGGCUCUGGAGGAGGGUCACCGGCUGACCGAGCUGAACCGCAAACUGGACAAGGAGAAGGAGGCUUGUCAGGCCCUGAGAGAAGAGUUGGAGGACGAGAGGAGGAGAGCCCUGAGGAUGGAGGCGAGGGUGGAGGAGCAGCUGGCCGAGUUCGACACGGAGCGAGAGCAGCUCCGCUCGCGUUUGAAGAAGGAGGAAGCUCACUGCUGUCAGCUACAACAACAGGUAGACGAGCUGAAGGGGAAACUGGAGGAGGUGAAUAUGAUGAGAGACGUUAGGGAGGCAGUUACAGCUCCAGUAGAGGCAGAAGGAGAGGAGUGGGCCACAAAAGUUCCUCUAGGAAAGACAGCAUUUGGCACUAUUGCGGUCGAGGACAUUGAGGAAGACAGAAACGAGCAACCCGCGCAGCUAAGAGUCAACGGUCACCACUGUCCGAUGGAGACCAACGGGCACCACGAUCCAAACAACGCUCUCUCAGAUAACAUCUGUGUACAGAAUGGGAAUGAAAAUUCUCCAAUUCAUCAGACAUCAUUCUCCACUCUCCCUCCUUCCUCCCCCUGCGCCUCGCCCGUCCUCGCCAAACGUCCACCAGGCAGCCCGAGCCCCGGUGGCUACCAGUCUCCCUACCAGGCCGGGAUCAACCAGCGCUUCCACGCCGCUCGUCAUAAGUUCCAGGGUACCGUUGACCCAGAGCCUCAGUCCCCGCCAGCGCAGCCUGCUCUUCCCCUCUCGCCAAAGGAUGUCUCCCCCGUGACCAGCUGCUCUCCCCCAGAAGCCAGCCCGGUCAAGCAGAUGGCCCGGAGCACCGUCACUCAAGUCCUGUCUCGCUUCACGACCGCGCAGCAGAGCGCCACGCCGAAACUCGCGGCACCGAACAAUUCACCCUUCGGUACGGACUACCGCAGCCUGGCGGCGCCCUUGUCUCCGAUCAUCGGAAGGGCAGCGGGAGCUCUUCCACAGGGGAUCAGAUCACCCACCAUCCCCAGAGCAGACAGAGGCAACCCUCCACCCAUCCCCCCCAAGAAGCCCGGUCUGGCACAGGCCCCUCCCUCCCCGGCCGCCGUGCCCCGGUCCGCCAGCCACUUCUCCGACAGCCCGCUCUCAGGCAGCUGUGGCCUCACCUCCAGCCAGGAGGCAGUCAAAGAACUGGACAUGGUGGUUUCCUCUAAUUAACUGAUCAUUUGAUGCGUCAAGAAAUUAUAGUCAGCUGCUACUCUGCUCGUGACACGAUGGUUUAAUCCACAUCUCAUAAGUAUGAUUGUUGAAAUAUUGUUUUGUACAUGACAGGAUUUAUAUCCUGUUCUUAUUUGAACAGAGGUCCCUUCAAACACUGUUGUAUUUAUUAGAUUUAUUUUUGUUUUUUUUAUGCGCUCAGGCACUAUUUUAUGUAGUGGUUAAAGAGCUGGUACUAAUGAAGAGUUACAACUGAUUUAAAUGUACCAAUACAAUAUGUUGGGCACAACGUACUAUUAUAGUAUAUUACGUUUUUUUUAUGGUGUCAUAUUUCCAAAGACUACAAAUCAAGUUUAUUACCUGCAGAGGUUUUAUUUUUCCCGAGUAUGUUGCUUGUCAUUACUGUAAUUCUCAGACCAAAUGUAAGAAGUAGUCCUUGGACCAAUGAACAAUGUAUGUCUUCAGUGUGCACUCAUAUGUACGUCGCCGUUGUUUUUAUAAAAGUCUAUAGUUAUAGAAAUGUUCCUUAGUUAUUGAUGUAUACUACUUUAACACAACAGAUCAUCUAAUCUAUUCAGUGUUGUACUGAGCUUGGUUUAUGUAUUACUUUAAUGUUGCAGUUAUAAUAAUCUUAUACUAUUGUACAGUAUCUUUUUUAAGAUCUUGAUCAUUCAUAAGAAGAACUCAUUAUAAAACACAUGUAUUUUAUAGUCAACCAUUGCUUUGAUUAAUAUAACACAACUGCAGGUUAUCUCUACUUUUAUCAGAUCCUUUACAGUGCUGUAAAUGCUGGAAAGUGACGGAUAUAAUAAAUUAAUCCCAAAGAUUGUAACGUA